AUGGCCGACGAAGCACGGCUUCUAGUGCACCAGGCUUUGAAAGACGGCAAGCGUGGAGUGGAAUACUUCGAAGAGACCUUUGGUCCAUCCAAUUGUCCGGUGUCGCUCGUGACUUUUGCGGCAGGAAUCCUCUCGCUCUAUCGCAGCGACCCUAGCAAUGCCGGCUUUCUCAACCUCACUAUGAAUGCAGAAGACAUAGCACGAAGUCCGAGGGAACGAGCAGAUCUCUUUGAUCGUUGGAUGUGCUAUCGAUCUGUCCAAGAUCCCAUUUUGGUCGACGACUAG